CAGUAUCAUGAACGCAGCUCCCUUGAGAUGUCUCUCGAACAGGAAUUCCUUGACAUGGAGGACUUGGUCUCAGCCUUUGAACAGCUGUCCUGCCUCGGAGCGGACUCUGCUGGCCUAGAGCGUCGUAAGCGCCAAAAAGAAGGUGACGCGGAUGGCUAUGAAAUCGCUAUCGAAGAAGAUAGUUCUGAAGAUGACUUUAACCUCUACCACGGAUAUAAGCAAUAUCCUACAAAUGCCUUCGACCGCCCCAUAUUCUACAGAGUGAUUGAUGAGGAAUCACCGACCCCGGCAUCAGAUGGCGCUUUGCUACCCAGACUACAACCAGCACCGCAGAAGAUCUCGCGACAACGCAUGCAACAAUAUCUUCAUCACCACGCGGAUCGCUUUAGCCGCAAGCCUACACCUUUUAUCUCCACGACGAUAGACCUUCUACGUGCCUUUGAUAGAUCCAUGGAAGGUAGGAGGUGGGAACUACACUGAGGCUAUGCCCUACAUCAACAUUGUGGGCUCAUAAGAGAUGUUAAGUACGAACGGAGGUACUAGUAUGGGGUCGGGUGCCAUCUGAAGCGAUACUUGCACGGUGGACCUGGAAAUCUCUGGAUGAAAGUGGCAUCUUCAAGGCCUUGCCCUCGCUUGACAAGGUGUCGCGUUGCAGGGGUGUGCAGGAUCUCAGAUCUAUAGGGGCUGAGGAUUCUGAUAGACUCCUCGCAUAUUUAUUUGCUUAUUAAUUGUUCAAUUCCAGAUCACAAAUAAAUCAUUCGGAAUCGA